CAGGAAGUGGCCGGGAGACGUAAAUAAAGAUCCUGCAGGGACGCAGCAGGAUUUUACAUUUUCUUUGCUUUGAAGAGGAAAGAUGAAACCACAGAGGAGGACAUCAAAGGUUCAUUAAUGAGGUUUAAAAGGUGACAUUGUGGUUGGAACACAGAACCUGCACCAUGGGGAGGAGAUACUACUGUGACUACUGCGACAGGUCCUUUCAGGACAACAUGCACAACAGGAAGAAACACCUGAAUGGAGUCCAGCAUCACAGAUCAAAAAAGGCCUGGUAUGAUCAUUUCAGAGACUCGGCAGCCAUUCUGAAUGACGAGCAAGCCAAGAAACCGUGUAGGAAGUUUCUCCAAAAAGGAAUUUGUGAUUUUGGGCCAAGCUGCAGGUUUUCUCACAUGUCCGAAGAGGAUCUGUAUAACCUAAAAAGACACGUGGAAGAUGAGAGACAGCACAGAGAGGAUUCUCUGGACAGGAGGAGGAAGGGCCGAAGUAUAGAAGAAUGGCUCUCAAGGAGGGAGAAGAGGGGAGGUGCCCUCGGAAGCAAAGGAGAUCUUAAACAAAAGGAAGACAGUGAAGAGGAGCAAUCCGAAAGUGACAUACCUCCACAGCUCUUCUCCAUUCCUGACCUUCCACCAUCUCUUAUUCCACCUCCUCCGGGUGGAUGGAAAGUCAAAGUGAACGCUGAAUGGGGUUGAUGAUUAAAAGUUUGUAUUUGCAUAAAACUUUUUCUUUGUACAAAAUCUGAGACUAGAUGUUUCCAUCGAGCUAUCUUUAAAACAAGGCACCUCUCCGGGGUAACAAUUGAUGCCCUGAGAGGAAUGCAGGAUCGCUAAGCAGAUGGAAAUUUAUUUUUUGUUUUAUUUUAACUCUUCUUAAUCCUGUGUUGUGUCUCUUGGGGAAUAACAGAUUUCAUGACCUCAUUCUUUAAACCAGCAACGGGAAAUUAUAAGAUUCAACCCCGUAAAGUUUCUUGUUAAUACGUUUUUGCAACAAGCCUCAUGCAGAUAUGUUGGAUUUUUUUUUUUAUCAAUGGCCUUGGCCUUUCAAAAACUUCAGUUUUAUGUAUUCCUCUUAUCUGUGGUUGUGCUGAGAUGUUAACACUGUUUCUAUGUUCAUUACCCAAUACCGUUUUGACACCAGAAUCCUCAUUAAAAUGUCUUUUUGUGUGUGACGUACA